AUGCCUCCUAUAAGACGAAGCAAUUUAGGUAGAAGAACCAGAAAUGCUACAAACCAAGCUAAUUACCGAUCUAAUCGUACUGCACAAGAACAUGACGACGGAAAUGAACGUGAAAGAACACGGAUAUCACAAACGCGUGAAGCGCGAGCGCGACAUUCAACUAAUAAUCGCGCAAGUUUGAAUCGAGCUGCUUUCAGUUACGAUGUGUCAAUUGACUACAGUAACUACCAAUGCGUUGUUAUUGGUUCUAUGAACUCGGUUUGCUCACACUGUAAGGCAUUAAAAUACAAAAACGAAGUCAAUGGAUUGUGUUGCGCAAAUGGUAAAGUGAAAUUGAUACCAUUGGAUUCACCGCCAGAACCAUUGUACUCAUUGGUUUCAGGAAUAGGAACAGAUUCUAUACACUUUUUGACACAUAUCCAACAAUAUAACAAUUGCUUUCAAAUGACUUCAUUUGGGGCAACAAAUGUAGUUCGGGAAAAUUUUAUGCCAACUAUCAAGAUACAAGGGCAAAUAUAUCACAGAGCAGGUUCACUGUUACCAGUGUCAGAUAGCGACAACAAAUUCCUGCAAAUUUAUUUUAUGGGCAAUUCACCACAAGAAAUUGAUCUGCGUUGUGCACAUAACAAUUUAGUAAAGAGGUCUAUUGUAGAACAAUUACAAACUUUAUUUCAUCAACACAAUCAAUUGAUUAUAUUGUUUAAAACUGCCCUGGAUCUGAUGCCAUCCGAUAAUCACAAAAUUGUAAUCAGAGCUGAUAAAACACCUGCAGGUCAACAUACAAGACGUUUUAAUGCACCAACUAUUGAUGAAGUUGCUAUCGUUGUAGUUGGAGAAAACUUGGAAUCCCGUGAUAUUGUUUUACAUCGUUGGAAUGAUCAAUUACAACGUAUAAAGGAAACACACCGCUCAUAUGAUGCACUGCAAUAUCCCAUUAUAUUUUGGCAAGGUGAAGAUGGCUACGAUUUCUCAAUAAAAAUGAUAAAUCCCAUUACAAGUUCUGAAACCAACAAAAAAGUCAGUUCAAUGAACUAUUAUUCAUACCGCCUAAUGAUUCGGGAAAAUGAAGAUAAUCACAUAUUGAAAUAUCGGCGAUUAUAUCACAAAUAUGUUGUUGACAUGUAUGUUAAAAUUGAAACGGAGAGAUUAACAUUCAUCAGGUUGAAUCAAACCAAACUCCGAUCUGAAGAGUAUAUUCACCUUCGAGAUGCGAUUAAUACUGAUGCUAAUGCACAGAAUGUCGGUCGGAUGACUAUUCUUCCAGCAACAUACAUCGGAAGCCCUCGGCAUAUGCACGAAUAUGCUCAAGAUGCCAUGUCGUAUGUUCGUCAUUAUGGUACAGUAGAUUUGUUCAUCACAUUUACAUGCAAUCCGCAAUGGAUAGAAAUCAAGCAGGAGUUAUUCUCUGGGCAAUCACCGAUUGAUCGUCAUGAUAUUACAGCCAGAGUCUUUAGACAAAAGUUGAAAUCUUUAAUGGAUUUCAUCGUAAAACAUAAUGUGUUUGGUGAGACACGCUGCUGGAUGUAUUCUGUGGAGUGGCAGAAACGAGGAUUGCCACAUGCACACAUUUUGAUUUGGUUGGUUGAAAAGAUAAGGCCAAAUGAAGUUGAUGCAGUGAUAUCAGCUGAAAUCCCUAAUGUACAAGUAGAUCCUGGAUUGCAUGAGGUAGUUAUCAAAAACAUGAUACAUGGUCCCUGUGGAACUCUUAAUCAAAAUUCACCGUGUAUGAUGGAUGGUAAAUGUUCAAAACGAUAUCCACGGACAUUAAUAUCGGAAACAAUUGCUGGUAAUGACGGUUAUCCAUUGUAUCGUCGCAGAUCGACAGCAGACAAUGGAAAAACAACAAUUGUCAAAUUAAAUCAACAAGAUAUUGAAAUAGAUAAUCGUUGGAUUGUUCCAUUUCACCCAUUUUAUCAAAGACAUUCAAAGCACACAUCAACGUUGAAUCUUGCCAUUCAGUGA